CGCCACGUGGCAUACCGAGUGCCUGUGCCUGGUUACUUUUCAUCAAUCGUCGUGCCAGAGAUGCGGCAAAAGUUGAUGCUAUAAAGCCCAUCUCUCCUUUCAUCUGCCACCAAAAAGGGUCAUCCGCCUGCCCGCUUACCUGUCAUCUUCUACUUUAAUUUUUACUCUACUGCCCAUACGCUUGGCCCAUCAUGAAGAUCACCGACAAGCUGCAUAAGGCCGAGAAGGAAGGCCGACCCUUCUGGAGUUUUGAAUACUUUCCUCCCAGGACUGCCCAGGGCCUUCAAAACCUUUUCGACAGAAUAGAGCGUAUGCGCGACCUCGGCCCCGAGUUCAUCGACAUUACUUGGUAUGCCUCGCGCACGUGUAGUAACUAGCUCGUCACUGACUUGAAGCUAGGGGCGCUGGCGGUAAGAAUGCAGACUUGACAAACUCUCUCGUGGAAAUCUGUCAGUCCACCAUCGGUAUCGAAACCUGCAUGCACCUCUGCUGCACCGAAAUGCCCAAGGAAAAGGUCGAAUGGGCCCUCAAGCAAGCCAAGCAAAACGGCUGCCAAAACAUUCUUGCCCUCCGAGGUGACCCCGUUGCCGGAACGUCCACCUGGGAGCCUACCCCCGGCGGUUUCAUGAACGCCAUCGAUCUCGUCAAGUACAUCCACAAGAACUACCCCGGCGACUUUUGCGUCGCCGUCGCUGGGUUCCCCCAGGGCCACCCCGAGUCUCCCUUGACGCCCGAAGGCAAGGAGCAAGAGAUGAAGUGGUUGAAGGAAAAGGUCGAUGCGGGUGCCGACUUUAUCUUUACCCAGAUGUUUUACGACACCGACAUCUUUUUCGACUGGGUCAAGCGGGUCAGGGCUGCGGGUAUCACCGUGCCCAUCAUCCCCGGUAUCAUGCCGAUCCAGAACUGGGAAAAGUUUGACAAGUGGGUCCAGCGCGAAAACAUUAUCGUCCCCCAGCACUUUUACGAUGCCCUCAACCCCGUCAAGGGCGACGACGAAAAGGUCCGCCAAGUCGGUACCAAGCUUGUUGCAGAGAUGUGCCGGAAGAUCUUGGACAACAAGGAGGCGGGUAUCAAGGGUCUGCAUGUGUACACUUUGAACUUGGAGAAGGGCGCGAGGAUGUUGUUGCAGGAGCUCGGAUUUGAAGGCAGGAGGGAGCAGAUUGCGCCUUUGCCCUGGAGGCCUAGUUUGACGCCAAACAGGAGGGACGAGACUAUCAGGCCAAUCUUCUGGGCCAAUCGAACGCGGUCAUACAUUUCCAGAACCGAAGACUGGGACGAGUUCCCCAACGGGCGAUGGGGUGAUUCCCGAUCUCCUGCUUAUGGCGAUCUUGACGGAUACCCCGUAUCCAUCGGCAUCUCUGCCACUGAAGCUUACAACCUCUGGGGCAACCCCACCACCACCACCGAGAUCUACAACCUCUUUGCUCGCUUCUGCCGCGGCGAACUGACCAAGCUCCCAUGGUCUACCCAGCCUCCUGCUUCCGAGACCUCCGUCAUCACCGACCAGCUCACCAAGAUGAACGAGCUCGGUUACUUGACCAUCAACUCGCAGCCUGCCGUCGACGGUGUGGCGAGCGACGACAAGGUCCACGGAUGGGGUCCCUCGGGCGGGUAUGUCUAUCAGAAGGCAUACCUCGAGUUCUUUGUCUCCCCCGAGCUUCUCUCGCCGUUGAUCAGGCGGAUCGAGCGUGACCCUCGUAUCACCUACUAUGCCGUCAACAAGCAAGGCGACCUCCGGACCAACACCCAUAGCGAAGGCCCCAACGCCGUCACUUGGGGUGUCUUCCCCGGCAAGGAGAUCAUCCAGCCCACCAUCGUCGAGGCCGUGUCUUUUGUCGCGUGGAAGGACGAAGCUUUCGAGCUCGGUCUCCAGUGGGCCAACCUCUACCCCGCGGGUUCUCCCUCCAGAGAGCUGAUCACAAAGGUGAUGAACGAUUCAUAUCUCGUCAACAUUGUCGCCAACGACUUUAGGGAUGGUCUGUCCAUCUUUGAGCCCUUCUUGCUCGAUCAGACGCCUGUCGGCAAAGUCGUCGAAGGCGUGAAGGGCGUCGUGGAGGGCGUCGUGGAGGGCGUGAAGAGCGUCGUGGCAGAGUAGAUCUCGUGUCAAUGAGAAGGAUGAGAUGAGGCGAGAGUUUUGUCCUCAACGGACUUUUCGGAGAGUGGCGCGGCACGUUCAACUCGUGUCAUUCGCCCUUUCCAGCUCUUGUCGAAUCUGAUCCUUUCUUGUCUGGCUCUCUUUUUUUCUUUUUCUCAGCAUACCCCUCUCUAACGACAUACCACACAAAACUGAUCAUUCGUAUCACACCGCCUGUUCUAAUGGCAUUUUAACGAUCUCUCCACAAAGCAUUUCAACAAUCACUGUAUCUCCCUAGACUUCCUUCUUAUCAUAGUUGUAAACAAUAAAAACUACCAAUUCACAAUCUAGAGGAGAGCGUUCAACACCGCAUUAUACUGCCAUACUGGUCGAUGCAUAUAUUAUCA